UCCGGGACUCGAUGUUUGUCUUGAAAACAGGCUGCUGUGUACAGUGAAGGCCCCUGGAGUUAAGAGGCUGUUUCCUUGUUAACGUCAGGCCCGAUGGAGAGCGAGGAGAAGACGCAUCCAGAGCAGGUGCGAUGCGUAAAAAGCGGAUCUUGCCCCUUUUUUUCUUUAAUCCGGAGCUGAAAAUAAAACCACCAAAGAGCUUCUGGGUCUCGGUUUGUUCAGGAUGUUUCUAUGAAGGCAGGAUGAGCGCUGUCAGAGGGGAAUCCCGUGGUCUCAUGUGUGUGUUUGCUGUGUGUUUGUGGGCUUUUCGCUGCUGAUGAAAUGGCAGCAGUAGCAGCAGCAUCAUAUAGCCUGACUCAUCCCGCAUCAGUACCACUACCGUAAAGGACUGAAGAGAGGCGCAACGCUCCGGGAAAUCGACCGUUGAUGGAUCCCUUAACGAAAAAUGACGGGCAUGUGAUAAAUUUAAGGGAUUAAUCUGAUUAUGUACGACUUUGUCAUCAUUUUUGUGUAUGAUGUCAAGACAAAACUGUAAAGAAAGAGGCGUAAUUUCAGCUAACGUAGCGUCAAGUGACAAAAACUCUUUUUAUUUGGGGGUCUCUUUCAGGAAAUAUGCGCUGGUUCAACAUAAACACACUCUACUUUGAGAAAGUGACACAAUAAUUGUGUUUUUAUGAUACUAAAGUGUUUAUUUUUCUCGUUUUUGUGUCACGCAGUACGGUUGAAAGAGCAACACAGAGGGAAACAGCACACUCACAAGCACAAGCAUUACUGCGCAUGAACGGAAGUGGACACACUGUGAGGUGGGAGAUGUAGUUUUCUUCUGUUUUUCACAGAAUCAUGUUAUCUGUUGGUUUUAGGACACACGUAAGUGUUAGUGCCGAAUUGCAGUGUGUCUUGGGGUUUUAAGAUUUAUGUUUGUAGGAUGAAUUUGUGUUUUUUAAGGUUGUAAGACGAACAUUAAUAAAUUUGACUGCAAGUUAGUAGGCUACUACGUUUUUUGAAGAUGAUUAGAUAGUUGUUUUUUAAUAAGAAAAGUAGUUGACUUAACACUUUCUCUUCAAAAUCAAAAGUACUUUAAAUUUUAAGAUAUAGUUUUGCCAGUUGCACCACUGUAUUUUCUUACUUUUUGCUUGUUUCUAUAUUCGGCAAUGGCCGUUAAUAUAGGCUUUAAAACUCAACUUUAGACACCAUGUCACUGGGAACACAUCCAUGUUUUAUUUAUUUAAGGCGUGUAAUAAACAGUGUCUUUAUUUAUUUAACAAAAACAACAAACAAUUACACACUACAGCGGGGUGACGCAGCUCAAGGAAGAACAUUUAUGAUCAUUUCUUUAUCAUUUCCUUGAAGUAAUAAUCAUCAUAUUAAUCAUUUUGCACUGUACUUGGAGUCCCUGAGCUCCAUCAUGCUGUAGCUUCAUCUAGAUUGUUGCAACAGACGUUUGGCUGCCUGCUUUCCAGCUGCUUCAGCUAAGUGCAUCAGUCUCACUUCUGUCCAUCUCUCUCUUUCUGCAUCUCCCUCCAUCCCCCCUCUUUAAACCCAGCUCAAUAUCAGCAGAUGGCUGGUAUUGACGAUCCUUUACAUGGGUUGCCAUGAGUCAUAAAGUGGGGGGAGAAGAAAAAAGACAAAAGCAGCUCCCAAAUACAGAAUUUGAACAUCAUUAGAAAUGCCUCUAGUGCGACUAUGUGACUAUUAGACUAUCUGACAUUUCUACUGAGUCUGUUCUGCUAAAUGUUGCAAAAUACUUUUAUACAGUGGCUUAGUUGGUUUUUUUUGCAUUCUUUUUUAUUUUCAUCCUUUUAUUUUUGCAGUUCGUAUUUUUUUUCUUUGCAUAGCCACUGUUUUUGCAUGGUUAACUUCUUUUGUGCCUUUUUUUUUGCAUCCUUUUAUUUUCGAAGUUCGUAAUUUUUUUAUUGAAUAGUUAAUUUCUGUUGUGGCUUUUUUUUUUCACAUUACCACUUAAUUUUUUUUUGCGUCAUUAACUUCUGAUGUGUUUUUAUUUUUUAUCUGCACCAUUUAUUUUUUUAUUUGCAGCAUGCUUCAGUUUCUUUUUCUUGUAUCGGUAAAGUCCGUUGUGUUAUUUUUUUGUUUGCUUGUUUGUUUGCAUUCUUUUUUAUUUUCAUCCUUUUAUUUUCACAGUUCAUAAUUUUUUUUAAUCACAUAGCCACUUUUUUUGUGUGUCGUUAACUUCCGAUCUUUUUUUUUUUUUUUUUUUUUUUCUUUUUUUUAAUCUGCACAGUUUCCUUAUUUGCAGCAGGCUUUGUUUUCCUGCACCGGUAACUUCCGUUGUGGCUUCUUCUUCUUCUUCUUCUUUUUUUUUGCAUUCUUUUUUUAUUUGCAGCAGUGGUCGAGCAGUUCUCGACCAUCGUACUUUUACACACUGCACCUCCAAAACAUUGAAACCCUCCCAAAAGAAAUAGCAUAAAACACAAAUUAAACUUUAUAAAGUUUAUUUAACAGUAGAAUUAUUAGAAUUAAAAUACUACAAACCAACUAAACAACACAAAAACACUCACACAGUUUUAAUGUUUGACCUGGCCCUCAUUAGGGACUUUAUUUGACUUUAUUUCUCUGUAUGCAAAACCAACUAUUGACUCAAUCACUGAUCCUAUCAAGGCUUUAGUCCCCGUAUUUACCACAUAAUCUUUGUGUGAGACUGUUUGGUAAAUUCACACACAGACACACACACACACACACACACACACACACACACACACACACACACACACACACACACACACACACACUGGAGGCGUGGUCGUCCUGACAGCUCGAGCACGAACUGCUGACAGACAGUCUCGACCUACGCAGCAGUUGUGAGGAGCUGGCAGCAGCAGCAGCAGCAGAUGUGCACACAAACCGCAGGCUAAACAGACAAUAACACUGUUUUUUUUCCCCUUUUUCACGCUCUUUGAACUUUCUACAGCGUUGUUUUCUCACGCAGCAGUUUGUUUUUUACCUCAGUUGCUUGCCAUGGCUGAACUUACGUGACUUUGAGGCGAGUUUUUGUGCUUUUGGAAACAUAAAUUACAAAUAAUUUGAGUUUCUCUUGCGUAAAAGUGAACGUUUUAUCAACUUACGUCUGAAAACGUCGCCUUUAAACCGCAUUUUCCAGUCGAGGAAGUGAAUUUAAGAGAACAUAUGUCUCAUUUCAGCAACAAAUAGUCGCUUUUUGCCUCUUUACAUGACACCAGCCCAACCGUCUCCAGCCAAAUCCUCCGUUUAUUUCAGCUCGUCUUCAUGCGCAGCCCUUAAUUGGAGACCACACUCCUCAGCGCGCGCUCUCCUCACCUCUCCUGUCCUCGAGAGCAGGAAUGAUGCAGCACGAGCGCCUGCUCAAAGUCCUGGUCAUCGGUGACCUCGGAGUGGGAAAAACGUCCAUCAUCAAGCGGUACGUUCACCAGGUCUUCUCCCAGCACUACCGGGCCACCAUCGGGGUCGACUUCGCCCUGAAGGUCCUCAACUGGGACCAGAAGACGGUGGUUCGGCUGCAGCUCUGGGACAUCGCAGGUGAGACAGAGAGAGAGUGUUUGAAAAAGAGAUGUUAUCCUUAAAAUGUGGUUAAAAGAGCAAGAUAUUUAAAUAUAUGUACGCUGGAUUUGCUUAGUCAAAUUAGAAACAACAGGAGUUUCUGAACUUUACUGUGUAGUUGAAGGGAGUUCACAGGUGUAGGGUUUGGUUCGCUUACAGACUGGGUUUUUUUGUUGUUUUAACACCAACAAGGAACAGUUUACCUUGACUGCACCCAUCAGUAAACCUCUAUACUCAGACAUGGAGGCAUUUCAGAGGUAAAUAUUUGAAUUUUACCUUUAAAUUUAGUCAAACAGCUUAGAUGCAGCUCAGAUUACGGUAAAAGGGAUAUCCCAGUGUAAAGUAAAUUUAGGGUCAAACACACCGUAACACAGAGAUAGACACCCUGUCGAGAGAUUAAUGUUGCCGACCGCUUGCUUCUCUAGUUAUACCAACUUUAGUAACGACCGCAGAUAGUAAUACACAGCGGUCUGAGGAGCCAUAGACAAAUUUCGACCAAAACGCCACUCUAUAGCCACAAAUAAUGCUCAGAACAGCACCUAACUUCAUCAACAGGACAUAUAGGGUCACAGCCAUAGCACUAGCCACCAAACAUCUUUUUAACUUUGCCUAAUUCCUUUGGCAAAGAGACUAAACACAACUCACCUACUCUCUUCCAGCAGGCGCUUGUUUGUAGCAAGACCUCAGGCCAUUCCAUUACGGACUACAGCGGAGUUUCGCAGCUCAAGGAAGAAUUUUUAUGAUCAUUACUUUAUCAUUUCCUUGAAGUAAUAAUCACCGUGUUAAUCAUUUUGCACUGCAGACGCGGUAGUUCUUCUGCUUUAGCGUCUCGGUCUAAUUGCAUUUCAAUGAAGAAAUGAUCAGAAAUGUUCUUCCUUGAGCUGUGAAACCCCGCUGUAGUCCAUAAUGGACUGGCCUGAGGUCUUGCUACAAACAAGCGCCUGCUGGAAGAGAGUAGGUGAGUUGUGUAAUACGGUGGCAUUUUGGUUGAGGUUUGUUUAUGGCUCCUCAGACCGCUGUGUAUUGCUAUCGUGCGGUCGUUACUAAAGUUGGUAUAACUAGAGAAGCAAGCAGUCGGCAACAUUCAUCUCUGGAGGGGGUGUCUAACUCUGUGUUUUGACCCUAAAUUAAUUUUAAGCCGGAAUAUCCCUUUAAUCUACUGUUUCUGAGUAACAUGAAAAGUUUCUCACGGGCUGAAAAUUCUCCUAACUCUUAAACUAAAUAAAACUGUUUAAACCUCCUUUUAGAUUAGCUGAAAAAUGCACAGUCACAAAGCUGAAAACAGGGCUGUUUCUGUGUAUGAGCGUAUUAAAAUUUGGCUUUUUGAGCAACACGUAAUUCCCAUACAGAACAAAUGCUAACGAAUAAGUUGCAGUAGUGUAGAGGACACAGGCCCUAAUGUUGCUGUAGUGAAGUGGACACAGGCCCUAAUGUAUAGAACACAGGCCCUUAUGUUGCACUAGUGUAGUGGACACAGGCCCUAAUGUAUUGAACACAGGCCCUAAUGUUGCAGUAGUGUAGUGGACACAGGCCCUAAUGUUGCUGUAGUGGAGUGGACACAGGCCCUAAUGUUGCAGUAGUGUAGUGGACACAGGCCCUUAUGUAUUGGACACAGGCCCUCAUGUUGCAUUAGGGUAGUGGACACAGGCCCUAAUGUUACUGUAGUGUAGAGGAUAUUGUACUUUUAGUUUAUGCUUAGACACACUAAGCUCUUUUAACACCGGCUAAGUCGACUUUUGAAAGUCACGGUUCACUAAGAUAUCCUUUCAAAUAAGUUGUUUAUGGAUUAGUUUUGUAUGAAUGUAUUGCAGAUAUUCAUAACUGAUGCUCUUUCGUCGGACAUCUAAACAGGAAUCUUUGGCUUCAUCUUGCUGACACAUCCAACUAUGAUGAGGCAAAACUUAAGUGAAAAUGUGGUUAACCUUUGUUUCUGCAAAUUAGAGCUCCAGCACUUCCUUUUUUUUUGAACCGAGAAAAGUUUUUUGUUCGCUGCUUAUAAAACAUGCCACGUCUCUCAGGUUGGUUCUUAUUUAAGAAACUCUCUUCUUCUUUGUCUCUCUGCCGUCUGUGUGUUUUGCAUGAUACCUGAUAAGAGCUGUCAUUUCCAUAGAUAUCUAUAUGGAGCGAAGGGACUUUGGACCAGUUCAUACUGGUCUCCCUUCAUUUAACUGAGUCUGUUGGCAGGUAACAUCAUUUAGUGUGCUUAUCUAGAUGGCGUCAAGUCUCAGCUCCAUUGUCUACUUAGUAAGCCUUCUGUAAUCAGAUUAAAUCAGGAUCCAGAGUGAUGAGAUCAGACUGACCCCCAUCUAUUAAAGGGAUAUUCCGGUGUAAAUUAAUUUAGGGUCAAACACACGGUAACACCGAGUUAGACACCCCCUCGAGAGAUGAAUGUUGUCGACCGCUUGCUUCUCUGGUUAUACCAACUUUAGUAACAACCACACGAUAGCAAUACACAGCGGUCUGAGGAGCCAUAAACAAACCUCAACCAAAACGCCACUCUAUAGCCACAAAUAAUGAUCAGAACAGCACCUAACUUCAUCAACAGGACAUAUAGGGUCACAGCCAUAGUACUAGACACCAAAUAUCAUUUUAACUUUGCCGGAUUUCUUUGGCAAAGAGACAAAACACAACUCACCUACUCUCUUCCAGCAGCUACUUGUUUGUAGGAAAAGCUUGGAUGAGUCGAUCACCAACUACAGCGGGGUUUCGCAGCUCAAGGAAGAACAUUUAUGAUCAUUUCUUCAUGGAAAUGCAAUCGGACCGAGACACUAAUGCAAAAGAACGAGUGCAAAAUGAUUAAUAUGAUGAUUAUUACUUCAAGGAAAUGAUAAAGAAAUGAUCAUAAAUGUUCUUCCUUGAGCUGCGAAACCCCGCUGAUCGACUCCAAGCUUUCCCUACAAACAAGUAGCUGCUGGAAGAGAGUAGGUGAGUUGUGUUUAGUCCCUUUGUUGAAUAAAUAAGGCAAAGUGAAAAAGAUGUUUGGUGAUCAGACCAACUCUCAUCUCAUCUUCAACCACAGAGUGAAACACUUUGCAGCAUCUGGCAAGUUGCAGUGGAGAGGACAAACUUCGUCUUAACAGGCAGAAACCUGGAGUAGGACCAGACUGAUGUUAGACAGUCAUCUGCUUUGACUGAGCUGGGUUUAGAGAGGGGGUAGACGUAACCUACGGCAUGAUGGAACCCAGGGACUCCUAGAAAAGACUAUGUAUUAGUUACUCUAAUGGGAGGUUCAUGUAGCCAAUGAUGUCUUGCUGCAUAAGUCAUGCGCGGUAUAGCCGUGUGUGUGUGUGCGUGUUUAUGUGUGUGACCCCCUCUUGCUGAUUCACCACUAUAUUAGGAUCAUGUGGAGGAAGUUAGCCUCCAGGAUAGAGACUUAUUCAUGGUCACGUACUGGUAUGCGACAACAUUUCCCCGUAAACACACCCCCUUACAGAGACGCCGUGACCUUAAACUGAUUCAGUCUUGGAGUCGCAGCAGCUUGUCAAACAGUCAGUCAAUCAAUCAAUAAUCCACAGGAUGGUAGAAGUUUCUUUGGCCGAGAGAAAUACCCCAAAUAAGCCUUUCUCAGCCUGGUUAACCCCAAAGAUUUAAACCUUUUUGGGUCAUAAGUGAUUAUAUUUUGAGGGGGGAUUUGGGAUUUAGAGGUGAAAGCAGCUUUUCUAAUGCUCCACAUACUUUUACUUCAUAGUUCCUGCAGUGUGAAGGUUCCUACAAUCCCGAGAACUGGUCCUCUUUCUACAAACCUUGUCAAAGAAUUGAAUAAUUAGGAAUUAAAACGUUUAUUUUAUCCGAUCAAAUUAACUUUUUUAAGGGCAGGGCUCGCUACGAGAAGUUUCAGAGUCUGUAAUCACAUUUUAGUCCGAGGACUUCUCAGGUAUCUAAUCCACUUUAACGGAGUCUCAGAUCAGGUUGGUGUCACUAACUGAUAACACAUGACUGUUUAUUCUGUUGUCUUCUUUGUUUCCAUAUUUAGGGCAGGAACGGUACGGCAACAUGACCCGAGUCUACUACAGGGAGGCGGUGGGGGCUCUCGUUGUCUUUGACAUGACCAGACUGUCCACGUUUCAGGCCAUCCUCAAGUGGAAAGGAGACCUGGACUCGAAGGUAAAUAUGAAGGAAGAGGGAUAUAAGUUUUUUUAGUUUACCACCCAACGUUCGACAACAUAUUCAUGCUGUUCGUUCUCCAGGUCAAAGCCUGAUGUGUAAACUGUUGACUAUGUGUAGGGAAACUUAAGUAUGUAAAUAUAUUUGUAUUUGAAAAGUCCAGUUUCAGUCGGACUCACGCAAUGAGUAGAUUUUUUAGACAACAUGUGAACAUACUGGCCAACAAAAAAAAAAAGAGUUAUUGAACUUUUAAUCUCAUAAUUUUAAUUCUGAAUCUGAAAAUUACAACUUUAAAUCUCUGUUUCAGUUAAUUAGAAAGACUUUUAAUCUCAUUAUUAUGACUUCUUAUCUCAUCUACUGUUUCAUCUCAUUAAUACAAAAUUUAAUCUCAUUUUUUUUACUUCUUCAUAAUCUCAUUAUUUAGACUUUUUAUCUUAUAAUUUGUACUUUUUGAUCUCAUUAUGAAGUAUCUCAUAGUUUUUAAUCUAAUGACAAUGACUUUUUAAUUCAUAACUAUGACUUAAUACUUUAAAAUUCAGACUUUUUAUCAUAAAAUUAACUUUUUUUACUUAAAAUUUUUCCUUUUAUUUUAUAUUUUCCCUUUUUAUCAUUUAUUCUGACUUUUAAUCUCAUAAUUCUUAGUUUUUUUUAAAGAUUUGUUUUUCUUUUAGGGUGUUUUUUUUUCUCUUUUAACUGGCAGAAUUAGGUUUUUAUACAAACUACCAUGUUACACUAAAAGCCCAACUAGACUGAUCCUAACGCCAGCGCCCCCUACAGGGUGCCACGGACAACGACUUUGUCAGAUCUGCCCGAAAUUUUACAGGCACGUGUAUCUUAAUGAGAUCUUUCAUUUUGCGCGCUUGGACUUUUUUCUCAGACGCACGGUUAGAGAUUUAUUCUGCUGUUUUCGCCCCCUUCUGGCCAUUUGCAUAUGUCACGCCAAACGUAUCUCGUUUAAAUUUGUUGUUUCUGCUGGUAAAAAACUUCCUCUAAACACACGCAGGAUAGAAAUCCCUAAUUCUGCUCUUCUUUGCUUCAUCAGGUCGCCCUUGGCAACGGGAGGUCGGUCCCCGCUGUUCUUUUAGCCAACAAAUGCGACCAACAGCGUCUGGGUUUGUGCCCGAAGCUGCCCAAACUGGAGAACUUCUCCAGAGACUACGGAUUCGUCGGCUGGUACGAAACCUCUGCGAAGGUAAGACUCGAUUCUCGCUCUCUUGCUCUUCACCGGCCUUCUGUCUCAGCCGAUUUGGCUUCAGCUAAUUCUUAUUCUGUGUCUUCAUUUCACACCAAUUACUCUCCUUUUGUAAAAGCUCUUCUUGGCUCCAUUUAUCUUCUUUAACAACAAACAGCUGCUCCAAAACCACCAAACUCAGACGUUCCUUUAUCCUGCAUCUUCACUAACUCUUUAUUUCACUCUGAAAGCAGCAAAUCAAGAUUGAAUUAAAGCAGAAAAACUCCUAAACCUCAUUGAAAAUAAGUGGAUCAGAAUGUUCCUCGAGGUUCGAGCCUCUUUAGUGUCAUUUACUGAUAUUUUUGAUUCCUGUUAAAUCAAGAGUUUAUGAUUAAAACAGCACUGGGAAGUAGGUGGAUGAGGGGCAUCUUGUUGCUCAUCUGUUGGACUCGGCUGAUUUGAUUUUCUCUAUCAACUUAUUCAGCUGAUCUCAAUCUAGAGGUUAAAGACAGAAGCAGAGUUUUAUCAGGAGAACAGUGACGAGCCUUUGUUCCCGAUCUCUGACCUGCUGGCUCCGUUUUCACUUACCUCUUUAACCUCUGAUCACUUUUUAAUCCUCUUUUUAUAAACAAGAACUUCAAUCCCAACGAAGAAGUCAAAGAUCAAUCUGAGCCGUAAACACCGCCACCACUUUUUGUAAUUCACUUCUGGCGAGUGUUUCAGCUUCUUUCAGUUCAUUGUUUUGGUUUUAACGUCCGCCCUUGUUUUGUUUCAGGUCACGACUUCCAGAAAUGACAUGAAAACUUCAAAUAAUUGUUUUGUGUCGUCGUUUCUCCAGGACAACACCAACAUCGACGCCGCCAUUACCUGCCUGGUGAGGAACAUCAUGUCCGUGGAGGAGGAGAGAGAAUCCAGGGACGCCUCUGCCACCGGCGCCGGCAGAGGAGAACCCGACGGCAGCGUUCUGGUUCUUCCUCGGUUCGAGUACAACACCAGGGAGAAGGGACUGAGCGGAUGUUCGGGAUGUUCGUCGCAUAAACACAAAGACGGAGAAAACGCCUGAAAAGACUGAAGGAGAGACUGAAACCCGACAGAGCAGAGCAGGAUGGUCUUUGUUACUGUGUGAUUAUUUUAUUAUUAGGACUGAAAUCCUUCCUCCAUCCUGACCUCACUAUGAAACGUCAACAGAGAUGACUUUAAGUUUUAAAAACAUCAAAAAUCAAGAAUUAGAAAUGCUGUAUUUAAAAAUACAAAAAAGAUUUAUUAUAAAAAAUGACACCAAAGCAGUUUUGUUAAUCAUAAAGAAAAAGUUCCUCUUAGAAACAUCUCUGCAGCACAGCGCACCAAACAAAAAUAGAUGAGUAUUUUUCCGACUUAAGGCACACUAAAAAUACUUACAUUUUCUCAAAAAUCGACAGUGCGCCUCAUAAUCCAGUGCGCCGUAUAUAUGAUUACUUGUCGUGUUUAUUGACUGAUUUUAUGUGGUACAAUGCGCUCAAAAAUCUGUCGAAAUGUGGAAGUAUGACUUUGGUUAGCAACGAAGCCACUUCGCUAAAUGGAUAUUCGGAGCGUUACGAUACGCUGUGUUACUACCUGAUCGGUAACGUAACACGACCCCUAAACAGUCUACAACACUGCCUAAACUAGAGGUGCAUUCAUGUAAGGCAGCCCGCGACGCGAAAUUUUAUUUUGUUGGAUGGUAGGGGAAGGUCCCGCCCUCCUUCGCCUCUGAUUGGCUAGAAGUGCUGAGCUCCGAUUGGUUAUUCCGAAUGGCUGUGAAAAGUCAUCGUCUGUCGGGUAAGGGUUAGGAGAUUCAGAAGUGUGAGAAUGUUCUGUUCGAUGUACAGAGCCGACAACCUGCAUUUGGUUUGAGCAUUUGAUGACAUUUCCAGCUUUUCUAGCCCAUCAGAGGUGAAGGAGGCGGGACUUUCCCCUACCAUCGUACAAAAAAAAAAUAUCGCGCCCGGGCCCGGAUUACGCUAGCAGCAAUAAACCAAUCAAUGCUAAAUGCACCUUACAAUCUGGUGCGCCUUAAAUGUGAACAUGGACAUGUUACUUCACAGUGCGCCUUAUCGCCUGAAAAAUACGGUAUUUUGUUUGAAAUAUUGAUUCUAGUUUUAAAAAUGUAGAAUUUAAAAGUACUCGUAAAAUUAUUAAACUGCUUUUAAAGUCACAAGUUUGCUGUGUCGUAUUGCAAAUGUCUUAUUUUGUGGAUUAACUCUUUUAUAAUAAAAAGUGAACGGCA